GACGAAGAGAGAGGGCGAACCAUCCGCGUCAAAUGCAUGGCCCUCACCCCCAUACUCAUGGCCGCUAAUAUGACGUCAAUAGACCUACUGGCCGUGGCGACAGGCUCAGACGGCGACGAAGUCAGGGUAAAAGAUGUCCUCAGAAGUAAAGUUCUAGACGUCAAGGGUCUUCUCAUCCAUUUCCCAACAGGGCGCCUUUUCAGGGAGCCAUACCCUGUAAUACCCGGUUACAUACUCGACAUGGAACAUUCGACUCUUAUGGUCAAGCUGUACUUCAAGAGGAAGCACUGCCAUCUCGUAAGUGACAAGACGUGCCGGAAGAUUCAUUAUUUUGACGUGACUGAGGCGUGCAAGGAAUAUCUCUGCCUCGGUUUCCUGACUGUGUGGACACAUCAGUGAGGAACUAUUGUAUUUUAGCAAAAAUGACCAGAUUUUGGGCCAACCACUCAAACUCAUCUCUUUGAAGGUUUGCAAUUCUGCAUCUGUCAUAGUUUCCUGUCUAUUGUCUUCUACUCUCUCACUGCUACAUCAGUAUUUUCUCACGUGAUUGCUACUGUCUUCAAACAUGGCUUGCUUGAUAGUUGUUGGAUAGGGUCUAAUUUAGCUCAUAAAAAUGUGAAUUCCAUCUUAGUAAAUAAUUGGUCAUUGUCAUUACAUAACGUAAAACUAGUAAGCAGUAGUCAUAUAUUGGUAUCCACUUUUCUUAAUUAUAUCAACACGUAGAAUUCCUUAUGAAGUAGCUGUAGCCUUAGCAAGAUUUUGUCUUGCUUAGAAUACCAUAGUAUGCGUCUUCACUUGUUUAUUUCAACUGAUAUUGAAAGCAAAUUUACUAAAGUUUCUUUGCCUAGAACCCCGAACUUUUAUCAUUAUUUAAAAGAAAGAGUUUUGUGGCCUACUAAAUAACUCCAUUCACUGAGGAAAAUCAUUAGUGGAGAUUCGAUGAAGUUAAAACACAGCGACAAUAAUCAAGAAUGUCCUUUCAUUUGGCGUUUAGUUACUUGUUCAUUAUGUUGCGCUAGUACAUCGUGGCUGCGCGUUUUAACUAAAAUUGCAUUCGUCGUGGUAACCUAGAUUCAAAGCUGAAACUUAGAUCAGUCGUGGAAUUCCAGGAGAUUUUCCAGAAAUAAAAAAAUAUAUACUGUUGAAAAUUGAAGACUAUCUACACGUUCUAAUAAACAUCACAGGUUGUUCGAAACCCCUUGCUUUUUUCCAUAACCAAUUGCUGAUAGACCAAAUGCUGAUUUCCUUUUUCUAUGCUAUUCAGAGAAUGUCAGCUUGUGACUGUUUUGAUCAUCGAAAGUUUGAUGCUGAAGUUUUGAAAAGAUCAGUUUAUUUCUGUACUCUGUAUCGUCUUCAGACAGGUUUAGACCAUUGACAACCAUGAAGUAUUGUAUCUCGUUAGACACUGAAAAAAAAAAGUUUUGUAUAUCACUACAUAGUAUAAAAAAUAAAAAGAAAACUUGAUAUAGAUUUGAUUUUU